AUGGUGGUGGUGAAGAAGCCCACCUAUCCCGGGACGCCCGCUUUCGACGCACCCUAUUCACCUUACAAUACCUCGAACAAGGCCGAUGAAGACGACAAGAACGCGAUCGUCCACGUGUUUGCGAUAAACCACAGCUGGAAGAUCGUGAAUGGGUACAUCGCCGCGCUCCUAUUCGCUGCCACCGUCGCCCUCGCCAUCACCUCUCUUAUUUUGGACUUUAAGACCCGCGAGUUCCCGACCAGCAUCGUCACGCACACCCUGCGCCCCUGGAACGAGUACGGGGGGCUGGAGGAUGCACUCAAGGCCAUCACCACCGGCUCCACCUCCUCGUCGCGAGUGCAGGCCCUGUGGCACUGGGCCAAGUGCGACCAGUACAUCACCGACAAGCACGUCCCGCACCAGCACGACCCUUACACCCUGGCGGGUGUCUCGGUCAACAACUCCGUGUGGGUCCCGGGUGGCUGCAACUGCAUCGCGCAGGUGGCCCACGCCCUGGGCAACACCUGGGUGUCGACGCAGACCACAUCGCCGACCCUAUCUGAGGUGAAGGACAUGAUCCACUUCUGCGCCUACGAGGGCGACAUGCCAUACCAGUACGACGUUGUGAAGACGGCGUACCGACCCCUCUACUAUUUCUACUAUUUCAUGUUCGUCGCCACCUCAGCCAUCGUCAUGGCCAACUUCCUGCACAGCAGCAACUCGGAGACGAUCAAGACAAUGAUUAAAAAUAACGUUGAUCCCAAGACAGCCCUUGACGAAUCCAAGUCCUUGCUCCGGAAACUCGUCUUAUACUUCGUCCUCACCUUUAUCGUGGUGAUCGUCUUCACGGGCCUCUUCCUGGGCAUCAAGAACUCCUGCGACCAGGACAUCUGCAACUUCGACCCGGUGACCACGCUGUCCCUGAUGUCUGUGUUCCUGGUCAUCCUGUUUGUCCUCGUCAUUCCGUACUUCUACCAGAGCAGCAAGACCCACAUCGUCGAUGCCCUGCGGAUGAUGGUGAACGGCGAGCAUGACAGUUACACCAUUGCGUACAGGGAUGCCAAUGACGCCACGGUCUACAAGGUCUCGGACUCGCUGAACUCGCAGGCGCAGCUCGAGCAGCUCUGGCUGGACGUGAUGCUGGUCCCGGCGAUGGUCGCGCUCUCGAUCGGGACGGUGCUGACGCGCCAGUGGACCGACAACGGCAUCCUGUACUACUACGCCGUGCUCGUCGGUUUCUUCACUGUCGUGAGCAUGUCGAACGAUUGGAUGACGUCGUUCUGGACGCGGUCCUUGAGGCUCUCUGGCGACCUGGGCAUGAAGGGAUCCGCCGUGUACGACCACUACCAGGGGUACAAGGACAUGGUGACGUACGUGCAGCUCUUCAUCCUCGUCGCGCUCAUCUUCACGGCAGUGCCCACGGAGAGCAUCACGGCCUACAGCUACAUCCUCUUCUACAACUGGCUGUACUUUGUGUUCGGGCUGUUUGCCGUGUACAUGCUCCCCGAUUUCAUCAAUGACAGGGCAGCGCUCAACAUCCACACGGUCACGGCGAUGAAGCAGACGGCUGUGCUCCUGCUCGUCUUCACCCUCGUGAUCACCCUAAGUGUGACGGAGUGGGUCAAGAAGGACAUCUUUGCGUACCAGGGGUUGGUGUAG